UAAUGGGGGCAUGAGGCAUCCUGCUCAUGUGCUCCAUGCUUAGGCAAAGGAGGUAUUAGAAACAACUAACCCUGGACAGGCAGAGCUACAGAGUAAACCCAGGGGGAUCACUAUGGGGAGCACUAAAAAGGUGGGAAACAUUUGGAACAGAAGGCAGAGUCUUUUUUCCAACUACAAAGUAACAGACUCAGAUGCAAGCAGAAGACCUUCAGAGAUCGUUUAUCCUUUAGCCAAGGAGAGCUGCGUGAAGACAUGGAACUCUAUGCAAGAGCUGAGCAGAGACAUCUAUGAUAUUUAUGCAGAAUAUGAGGAAGAAGAGGAUGAAUGUCCUUCAAUAGGCUUCCCCAGACAGAUCUCACCCUCUAAGAAGAACUAUGUGAUCAACAUCAAUGUAGGAGGGAAGCCUUACCAGAUAGCCUACAAGAUGGCAGCAAAGUACCCUAAGACCAGGAUAGGACGACUGGCCACCUACACAGAUCACAACAUGAAGUUGGACCUCUGUGAUGACUAUAUAGUGACUAACAAUGAGUACUUCUUUGAUCGGGAUCCAGAGAUCUUUCAUUGCAUUUUCAACUUCUACAGGACUGGGGUGUUGUGGAUCAAAGACGAGCUGUGUCCUCGCAAUUUCCUAGAGGAGAUCAACUACUGGGGUGUUAGGAUCAAAAACACUCACCGGUGCUGCCGCAUUUCCUUUGAGGAGAGACAGGAUGAGCUAAACGAGCAGCUGAAAAUCCAGAGGGAGCUAGAAGCUGAGGUGGAGAUUGAGGAAAACGAGGAGCUAUUCCAUGACAUGUUCAUGGGCCAAACACGGAGAGCUAUCUGGAACCUUAUGGAAAAGCCUUUUUCUUCUGUCAAAGCAAAGGUGAUGGCUGUGGCCUCCAGUCUGUUUGUCCUGAUCUCCCUGGUGGCCAUGACUCUCAACACUGUUGAGGAGAUGCAGUACAGAACCCAUACAGGUCAGCUCAGUGGCAAGACAUACUGGGAGUAUGUGGAGUCCAUGUGCAUUGCCUUUUUCACCAUGGAGUAUCUGCUGCGACUGAUUUCCACACCCGAUCUCACAGCCUUCAGCAGGAGUGUGCUCAACACAGUGGACCUAAUCGCCAUCCUGCCUCAGUAUCUGCAGGGCGUCCUGGAGUUCUUUGACAGUGAAAAAAACUACAUAAAGCAUGAAGCUGACAUGCAGGCAGUGGGGCAGGUUGGAAAGCUGGGGCAAGUGCUAAGGAUUAUGAGAUUGAUGAGAAUCUUUCGGAUCUUAAAGCUGGCACGUCACUCCACAGGUCUGAGGGCGUUUGGGUUCACUCUGCGUCAGUGCUACCAGCAAGUAGGCUGCCUCUUUCUUUUCAUCGCCAUGGGCAUUUUCAGCUUCUCUGCGAUGGUUUACACCGUGGAGCAUGACAUGCCACAGACAAACUUUACCAGCAUACCUCAUGCGUGGUGGUGGGCAGCUGUCAGCAUCUCCACUGUUGGUUAUGGGGACGUGUACCCUGAGACCAUGCUGGGUCGCGUGUUUGCGUUUAUCUGCAUCGCCUUUGGAAUAAUCCUUAAUGGGCUGCCCAUAUCAAUCCUCUUCAACAAGUUCUCUGACUAUUACUCUAAACUUAAAUCCAAUCAGUACACCGCCUCAAUGAAGAAACGGGGGAAGAUGAGAUUUGCCAAGAGGACGGUAAACAAGCUCGGCAGUAUAUUUGGUAACAAACAAUAAUUUCCCAUCUCAGCAAAGAUCUGACAGGAUUUGAUGUACUGUUGAACAGAAAAGCAUAAGAUGGGACAGAAGAGACUAAACAAAAGCAAGAAAUUUGCUUAUGUCACAAUCACAUGUGUGUAUCUACAGCUGUUUCAAGCAAGUUAAUAGAAAGAUUUAAGUCAAUUCCAAAAACGGGCAUGAGUUAAUUAAAGAAUAUCUGUAAACUGAUCUCUUCUUAAAUUUGACAACAUUCUAGCAACAAAAAUGUUCCAAUUUAGGUUUUAUGUUUUUGAGUCUUCUUUUUAAAGAUAUCUAAACUUAAUUUGCAUCUUAGGGUGGCUGUAUAGCUCAGUUGGCUGGGUGGAAGACUGUCAUGCAGGAAACCUGCGUUUGCUUCCUGGGGCGACAGUGGCUCAGGUGGUUGAGCGGGUCGUCCAAUGAU